GGUUGUGCUGCUGAGAGAGGCUUUCAUAUAAAAAGGCAUUGGGUGAGCUGCAGUCUUACAAAGCUUUUUUACGGUGGGUUAAGGAGCACGGUCACCUCCAGACAAUUAAAAUUGUGCAAAGCAGCAUCACGUGGAUCUUUAUCUAGAGGGUUUAUGUUUACGAACCGCCGGUUUUGGCUUUGACCUAUUUCCUGUCUGUGAACGCUCGAGGCUCUCUGCUGGUGCUGGCCUGCGUCAACUGCAGUCUCAGACUGUCCGGACAGCAAGAACAUCGGCUGUGAAGCAGCGUUUGUUUCCUGAAGCAGGGAUCCUUCGCACCCUCACACUGGGGAAGGCAAAACGGACGCGUCUCAGCCCCUCCUGCCCUUUACGUUCUCUGACCUCGCAAGUCCUCAGGAGGCUCCGUCAACGGGUAUCAGUCAUGCAUCUGAAAACAAUGAAGUGCAACCCUUUCUGCCUUAUCGCCUCCUUGGAGGAUCCAGAGAUUUUUAACAGACCUGAGGAGAGGGCUAGUUUCGAGGAGCUGUUUCGGGCCUUCGACAGAAACGUCACCUUUCAGUUCUUCAAGAGUUUCCGUCGGGUGAGGAUUAACUUCAGCAAUGCACUGGCAGCCGCGGAGGCCAGAGCAAAACUGCACAAAAGUGACUUCAAUGGGAGGGAGCUGCGACUCUGUUUUGCCCAGUCUGUGCACAUUGGCAGUCCACGCCUAGAACCUCCUAAACCAGACAAGCAGUUUCUCCUUUCACCUCCUCCAUCACCUCCUGUGGGUUGGGAGCAGGCCAAGGACGCCACACCUGCAAUUAACUAUGACCUUCUGUGUGCCAUCGCCAGACUUGGGCCAGGUGAAAAGUAUGAACUCCAACCAGGAACCCCCACCACACCCAGUGUGGUCGUUCAUGUUUGCGAGAGUGACCAGGACAGCUCAGGAAACGAUGAGGACAUGGAGGGAGGCAGAAGCGCCCGGCCUAAAAUCGUCCAGACCCGUCGUCCUGAAUACACGUCCUCUGUCAUGCAGUGAGGCUCGGGAACGUGUCAUUGUGCCGUAACUUUUACUUUACUAUUACAUUGCCCUCCGGGACGGGGGGGUGUGGCAUGCAGGUGGACACCACUAGAGGACGCAUUACGACUCAAUCUCGUGCAGAGGGACAUAAUGUCCAGCAUCUGACAGGAAGGAGGGGUUUAUUGCAUGCAUUCAUUGGUAGAAGGCAAUAGAACAUAUGGGGGUUCUAAAGAGUGCUUUCAUUGGUUACUGUGGCCGAGGACAACACAAGUCUCCUAAUAGUUUUUUUUUUAAUCUUGGGAAGCAUGUUGUAUCCUAGCAAGUGGGUGUGUUGUUUCUUUGAUUAAUUUGUAUUGCCUUUAGUUUUGCUUGAAAUUUUCAGGCUCUUAUUGAAGUAACCCUUUCAGAUACUCGUGAGCACUGCAGGAUUACUGCUCAGUAUUUGACUGAAAUAUUGGACCUUGGAUGAGGCUUAAUGCUGAGUGUAAAAGCUUAGUUUUAUAUAUAUUUUUUAUUCAUCUUACAUUGUAACUCUUGUUCCACCAUGUGCCUCAACAUUCUCCAAAAUGACAGAAUCAUAACUAAAUGCUGUAGUAUAACAACGUCAUGUAAUCAGCUGUAUCUUUAAUUUUAUGGCUUUUAACAAAACUGACUGUAUUCUUAACGACAGUUUAACACAGAUAUUCAUUUUAAUUUUGUUAGGUCUUCAUUUCAUUAGGUCAUGUAGGACCAUAACACUGUUAUGAAGUUCCCGGUCUUAAUGGAGCACUGUUACAGUACCACGACGAGCACAAUUUUUGACAAAUUAGAUAAAAAUAUUUCUGAUGCCUUUGACUUGUUAUGUGUAUAUACGGAAUACUGUUAUUUUAUUGAUUUUGUAACUUCGUUUUGAAAACGUUACUAAUUUGGCAAUAGCUUGGGUGUUUGUUCUGUCAUAAAAAAAUCAUAAAAAACAGCCAUAACAUGACAUUAAAACUGAGUUUUCCCUACAAUAA